UGUUUGUGAAGAAAAUAGACCAGCCACCACCAGAAGGUCUCCUGUGACUGUGAGUCGGUGAAAGUUUGAGGGUUUUGGUAAUUAUCCAGCGGUUAGAGAUAUGGAUGGAGCUGGUAUUGGAGCUGCAGUUACAGAAAGAGAAGGUGUUACCCUGCAGGAGCUGAAGAAGAAAAUGGCUGAGUUUUCAAGGGAGAGAGACUGGGAUCAGUUUCAUAGCCCUAGAAAUCUACUUUUGGCUCUGGUGGGAGAAGUGGGAGAGCUAUCAGAGAUAUUUCAGUGGAAAGGAGAGGUGCCAAGAGGACUGCCAUACUGGAAAGAGGAAGAGAAGCAACACCUGGGGGAAGAGCUCUCAGAUGUGUUGCUCUACCUUGUUAGGCUCUCUGACGUUUGUGGCAUUGAUCUUGGAAAAGCUGCGCUCCGAAAGCUGGAGCUCAAUGCCAACAAAUACCAAGCCAAGCUUUGCAAGGGCUCCUCCAAAAAGAACACGCAGCUCAAUGCAGAACAUAAUGCCAUUAUGUGUUGUAGUGAUCAUGGCGUGUCCGGCACCAAAAACCGCAGUUGCGAACAGUGAUAUGUACAAAUAAAGUCGGUUACAAAUUUUUAUCAAAAUUAGGGCUAGGAGAUGCUUAACAGACAAUAAGGCCUAAAUAAAUUAAAAUUAAAGUCACCAGUAUGCCUAACGCUGUCUAGUUCUACUUUUGAUUAAAAGUUUGUAAUCAGUUCUGAAACCCUCUUAUUCUUAUUUAUCUUUUAAGGAUCGUCACGCCUUUAUUAUUGUAUUUUGAUUUUGUAAAAAGAAUAAUUUUGAAGGUCUGGUUCUAGACUUUUUAA